AUGAGUACCACUUCAAACUCAGACAACGAGGACCGGAACGAGAAUGACAUGAUUCGCUUCCGUCGCAAGCAAGAAACCCAACUUCUCCGCGCCAUACGCAAAAACAACAUCGAAAAGGUCACCACACUCCUCACAAAUGGAGUUUCCCCCGAUGGCUUGUCAAAAAGACCGCCAUUGAAACUCGCUGUCCAGCUAGGCAGGAUCGAAAUCAUGAAACUCCUCUUCCAGCAUAACGUCCAAUCGCCAGCUCUGCUCGGACCUGAUGAGGGGGAUGAUGACGAGUUGCUCACCGCAGCCUACAAGGGGAAUUUGAAGGUUCUGAAGAUGCUAAUAGAGUACCGAAACCAACGUGGCUACAGGGGUCAUGCAGCUAGUUAUGAUGAUGACGAGCCAAUCCAUUGUGCCGCCGCUGGGGAGCACGUAGAAUGUGUACAGUUGUUAGUCGAGACGGGUGCGAAGAUUGAUGCGGAAAAUGCGAGCUGGAUGACGCCGUUGCAUUGUGCUGCUGGUCAGGUCAAUGGGGUGGCUAUGGUGAGGUUUUUGGUGGCGUCGGGGGCAGAUGUUAACGCUCUGACUGAGAUGGGUGAGACGGCCAUAUUCAUCGCUGCUUCGAAGGGAAAUGCUGCCGUCGUUAAAGAGCUAUUGAGAUCGUCGCCUGAUUUGAGUCUACGAGAUCAUUAUGGAGAAACGGUUCUACAUGUGGCUGCGUACCAUAGUCCUUUACAAACUGUCCAGAUGCUGGUCGAGGCCGGUGCUGACAUCCACACCCGGUCUACCAAAGAGGCCUCAGCUUCCGGUCCGCAUCAGAUGCUCAUAGAGGCCCAGCCAGAAAAUCUCGCCCGGCCCGAGGAGAAGAAAAUCUCUCUUCUCCAUCUAGCAGCUGAAGCAGGCAGAAUCGACACAUUCAUCUGGGUGCUAGAGAACAGCACUCUCACCCUUAACGAUGUUGAUGCCCAUAACUGCACCCCAUUACACUAUGCUACGCGCAGCAAUCGAUCCGAGAUGGUCAAGUUCCUCCUAGAGCACGGGGCAAACAUAUCCGCGUCAAUACCAGGAAACCAUACACCCCUCCACCUUGCAGCUGCCUAUUACUACCCCGAAUGGCCCCUACCCACCGACAACGGACAAGACGAUCCCAGUAUAGUCUCCCAGCUCAUCCACGCCGGCGCCGACGUCAGCGCCCCAGCAGACGCCCGGGUUCUGCAUUGUAUGUGGCCGUACCGAGAGCAUAUCCGCGAAGAUCUGUACAACAUCUCAGAGGAAGACUCUGGCCGAUCUGGCAUCGUCUACCCGCUCCACUGCGCCGUAUACAGUGGUGCCAUCCAAAAGGUAAAAGCCGUUUUAGCAGCAGGGGCGGAUAUCCACGCCCGAACCACUGAGGGAAAGACCGCACUGCAUCUGGCUGCGGGGAAGUUCUUCCGGAACAUGAUCCGCCUCUUGAUCCAGAACGGGGCGGAUCCUGGACUAACGGAUAACGGGGGGUACACUAUGGUUCGUGACCUGGCAUUGGCGGGACGUUGUGAGCCGGGGAGUGCCAGGGAAUUUCUGUUUGCUGAGAAUCUAUACGAGUCUUCGAUGGAAGUGGAGUUGGAUGUUCCUGAUGAUAGCCCGGUGUGGUUUAACAAUGACGACUGGGCUGAAUAA